AUGGAGCUAUUCCCCUGGGAAGGGGAGAGAGAAUGCCAAGGAGCAAGUGGAAUCCCACCCCCACCCUGUUCUCAGUUACUCGGCAGAAACCUCAAGUCCCGUUCAGUCCAUGUGAUUGUGUAUUCUGCUCUCCAGCCGCAGAAAACCCACAGUGCGGCAGAAUGGUCCGUUGAAAGCCAGGGUCAUUCCCCUCCGUGGGCUUUCCCCGCGCUCAUUCACUUGCCUGCAUACCCAGAACCCUCCGUCAUCACAACUGGUUUCACGCGACGGUCCUCUGGGGGCCUGGCGAGCAUACCGACCCUGGGAUCUCACCAUCGAAACAUUCUCACGGGGAAUAACCUGGAGUGGUCUGGGCAUCCAGACUGUGGAAUCGGGUAUGCAAGUCUGAGAAGAGCCGGCUUAGAACUCACCCAGACAUGGUGA